GACAGGCGGAAGAAGGUUUGUUUUGAUCUCGUCGUUGGUUUACAGCGUGCGGCGGCGGCUCUGCUGACAUGUGCACAAUAGUUUUACCAUCAACAGACAUAAUGUCAGCGGCGGAGAACGGCGCGGAAGAGGAGGAAGCGCCGAGAGUGACAAAAAGAAAGAUUUCUCUGUCUAAUUGUGUUGUGUGUCAAUCAGAGGAGGCAAAGUACAGGUGUCCAGCCUGUCUUACACAUUCGUGCAGCUUGCUUUGUGUGAAGAAACACAAAGAGGACUCGGGAUGCAGCGGGGUCAGAGACAAAACUGCAUAUGUGUCUCUCUCACAGUUUGAUGAAAUGGCACUUCUCAAUGACUACAGAUUUCUGGAGGAUACAGGGCGAUUUGCUGACGGAGCCACCAGGGACAAUCUCAUCCGGACUCCACACAGCACCUUUAAAAUGAAGAGGCUGGCAGCCAGUGCCAGAAAGAUGAACAUGACCCUGAAGUUUCUCCCCAUCACCUUCAGCAAGAGCAGGGAAAACUCCACCUUCUUCCUUUCAAAGGAAAAACGCUUCAUGUGGCACCUAAAGCUCAUCUUUCCCCAGAGCAGCACAGAGUUCACUCAGAAGAGGGUAUCUGAUGGACACAUUUUGAAGCAGAUCUUGAUGACUUACAUCCACCCUACAGAGUCGGACCAUGUGACACGCCAAAAGUUGAAGAUGUAUGUGCAAGAACCCUUUGAUCAUGUGAAAGUCUUCAUGAAAGUGGAAGGCAGGAAAGCGAACUCUGUGAGGUAUCACGUAUUGGACGUCCAGAGGAGCCUAAGGGAUAACCUAAGCUACAAAACCCUGGUUGAAUAUCCUGUGCUGCACGUUGUGCUCAAAGAACACUGGAAAAACUAUCCUCAGAGAGGGCCAGCUGAGUCUACGUCAUUAACAAAGGGUGAAGGAGUGGACCAAAAUAAAGUGGACGUGACCCAAGUUUCGCCAUUCCUGCAACAGUCUCCCACAACACAGGCAACCAACAUCUGGACGGGAACCCGAGGGACCAGGCCUGAAUCUAAACCCCCACAGGAGAAAAGGGCCAAGACCGAGUCAGGGAAGGAAGACGUCGAGGAGGGAGAGAUCCAAGACAGUAGUGAAGGAGAGGGAGAGGAAGGGGGCGAUAAUGAUGAGGAAAACAUCCAUAGGCCCGUUGAUACCAAAAGCCCUGCCGGUGACAUGAUUAAAAAUGAACCAGGAGACAUCAAGGACGUUAAUGUUGACCCUGACAGCAGCAUGAAUGAAGACAUUUCUGCUCCCACUGAGUGUAAUUCAGCUGCCACAGUGUGCGCUGAGGGCAACAUGACUAAGGAGGAUGCUGUGAAAUCAUCAGGGCCUGUUCACACAGGUAAAGCAGCUGACGACUGCAGAUAAGAAUAAUAAUGGCCACAUGUUCAGGGUGAAGUGAGGGAGGAGGCAGACUUAUAAACUGACAUUAAAUCACCCGUGGUUUCGGUCUCUUUUUAAGGAGAAGCUUAGGUUUACCAGAUGUAUUAUUGUGUACACAGAAAAUCAUUUCAUUGUUUAAAUUGCAGGUUCAUCCUUUACGUCUGGAAAUAUACUUUUUAUUCUUAAUAAAGACUUUUUCUUUGGAAAUAUCUCUGGAAAGGAUGUAGUACAUAUGUCGGAUAUUUGUGGUAGUAUACCAACCAAAACAAAAGUUUUAUUUUUUGGUCACCUUGUCUGUUUAGCAGUUUAUUUUCAGCUAAUUCUUUACCUUGUCAGUGGCUGUUGAUGGUCCUUAUCACAAUAGUUUAUGCCACUAAAGGAGCUUUUACAAGAAAUGCAAAAUAAAGGGGCGAGUUGGUCAAUGCAGAUGCAAACUGCCACUUUAAACACCGCCACUAACGAACUGACCAACUGGAAAAACUCAUUCUGCUCGUAAAAAUCACAUGAUACGAGCAAAAAGAUCCAGGACUAAUAAAGAGCCAAUUAAUGAUCAGUAACAAACCCAUUUGUGAGACGAGGCUCAACACAUUGGACUCUCGGCACAUUACACAUAUCUUUGUGUAACAUGCAUGAGGUAAUGUUGACUGUUUGUUUUAAUUGAAAUGUAAGUGAAACCAGCUCGGCGCUGGUCACCCAGAACAUUAGUCUCACUUUUCCAUCAGCUAAUAAAAUUUAAUGUUGA